AGAAGUAGUUCACUUUAUCAUCUUGCGACCUUGCUCCUUCUUCCUCCCAUCACGUCUUCUGCAUUUCCUCUCUCGAUCCCAGGCUCCCUCGUCGCCUUCGAGGUCGGUUGGCUUCCCUUCUUCGCCGGAAUCACCACAAGCUUGUUUGGCUCGAGAGGUUCUCCAGAGAGAGAAGGCCGGCGGCAACACCCUUUAAAAGACGUCUGUCAUCCAUCUUGUUUUCUGGGGAAAAAAAACACCACAAGGCUGUGUUGGGGAAAUUCGUCGGGAAAUCGAUCAUGGUUCUUGGGUUCUGGAGGUUCCUUGGAGCUGCAUUUGCAGCAACUCUCCUCCUUCACGGAUCUUGUUCUUCGGAUGAAGCCAUCCCGACUCGGACCUAUAGCUUCAUGCGCAACGCCACAUUGGCGCCGCUAGUCUCGUACUAUGACUACAUCGUCAUCGGCGGCGGCACCGCCGGCUGCCCGUUAGCGGCGACCCUUUCUCAAAACGCCUCCGUGUUGCUCCUGGAGAGAGGCGGCUCGCCCUACGGGAACCCGAACAUCACCGACUUGGAAGCCUUCGGAGCGCCGCUCUCGGACCUCUCCCUGUCCUCUCCAUCGCAGCGUUUCAUCUCCGAGGACGGUGUCAUCAACGCACGUGCACGAGUGCUGGGUGGUGCAAGUUGCCUGAACGCCGGGUUCUACUCACGCGCCGCUCCUGAAUAUGUGAGGGAUGUCGGGUGGAAUAGGAAACUGGUGAAUGAGUCGUACGCAUGGGUGGAGAGGCUGGUGGCUUUCGAGCCCAAGAUACAGCAAUGGCAGUCGGCGGUGAGGGACGGGCUGCUAGAAAUCGGCGUGGUUCCCAACAAUGGCUUUACCUAUGACCACAUUUCCGGGACUAAGGUGGGUGGCACCAUAUUCGACCAAUUAGGCCGUCGGCACACCGCCGCCGACUUGCUGGAGUACGCCAAUCCUAAAGGCGUCACCGUCCUCCUCUACGCUUCCGUGCAUAAGAUCCUUUUCAAGAGGAAAGGAACGCCGAGGCCCGUGGCCCAUGGAGUGGUCUUCAGGGACUCGACAGGGGCCAAGCACAGGGCCUACCUCAGCCAAGGGCCCAAGAACGAGAUCAUCGUCUCGGCCGGAGCACUCGGAAGUCCGCAGCUCCUGAUGCUGAGCGGGCUGGGCCCGAAAGCCCACCUCCAGGCCCACAACAUCUCGUUGGUCGUGGACCAGCCCAUGGUCGGGCAAGGCAUGUCCGACAACCCGAUGAACGCGGUCUUCGUCCCCUCUCCAAUCCCGGUGGAGGUGUCACUGAUCCAGGUAGUCGGGAUCACCCACUUCGGGAGCUUCAUCGAGGCCGCCAGCGGUGAGAACUUCGGCGGUGGUUCCCCAACCAAGGACUAUGGCAUGUUCUCUCCCAAGAUUGGCCAGCUCGCGACGGUGCCGCCAAAACAGAGAACUCCAGAAGCCCUAGCGAAAGCCAUAGAGGACAUGAAUGGCCUCGACAAGGCGGCAUUCCAAGGCGGAUUCAUCCUCGAGAAAAUAAUGGGGCCCGUGUCCACGGGCCACUUGGAGCUCCGGAGUCGCGACCCGAACGACAACCCCUCCGUCACUUUCAACUACUUCCAGGAGCCCGAGGACCUGCGGAGAUGCGUCGAGGGGAUCUCGACCAUCGAGAGGGUCGUCGACUCCAAGGCCUUCGCCAACUUCAAGUACGACGCCAUGUCGUUCGAGUCGCUGCUGAACCUGACGGUGAGCUCGCCGGUGAACCUACUGCCGAGGCACCGGAACACGACGACGUCGGUGGAGCAGUUUUGCAGGGACUCGGUCAUGACCAUUUGGCACUAUCACGGAGGGUGCCAAGUCGGGAUGGUCGUCGACAGCGAGUACAGAGUCCUGGGCGUGGACGCGCUUAGGGUCAUCGACGGCUCCACCUUCAAUCACUCUCCCGGCACCAAUCCUCAAGCCACGGUCAUGAUGCUCGGAAGGUACAUGGGGGUCAAGAUAUUGAGCGAGAGGCUCACAAGUGAAGAGUCUUAGCAAAUCAUUACCAAAUCAUAAUCGAAGCGUUCUGAUUAUAAAAGAAGCAUGAAGCCGCACUAGGCACCAGCUUUCAAACUGGUGGGCAGAAUAUUUUUUUUUUCGUAUACUGUUUACCAAAUUCUUAUUCUUGUCCGUACCCUUUUGGAGAGAAUAUGAUGUUGGAUAUGCUUCCAUGUCCCGGAUGUCGCUGCCGAAAUUCCACAUGCAAAAAAAAUGGUGCCAUUAUCUUGCCCUAGCUUUGUUUUUUUUUUUUUUUUUUGCCCUUUCUCC